CACCUCUCAAGACUCCGGCAGUUGUGAUCAGACCAUCCCGAGAUAUGUAUCUGCUGCUUGUAUUCGCAUUCCUCGCCCUGGCGAACUCAUCACCAGUCAAAUACGAUCAGCGACAGGAUGGCAAGUUGAACGUUCACGCAAAAUUGGAAAAUCUUCUCCUGAUUGUUGCACCCUCUGGCUCUCAUCCUGGCUCGAUCGAUUUCGAUCUCCCUGGGAUUCUUGAGCACGAGCUCGACUUCAGGUCUGCGGCCCAGGAAAAUGGAAAAACCUCACAACCUGGGGACCACUUCCAGGAGAUCGGGGAACACCACCAGUUCCAGAAAGAUGAGCUCAAACUCAUCGGCGAUGCCAUCGAAAAUUGCGGACCUGGCAGGUACCGCGAUUCUGUUGGCAUCUGCCGAUCUGAGGAAUCCGGUGCAUUGAAAAAUUAAAGGAGAUCGUGAAUUUUAAUUAGUCGUAAUCAUUGAAUUAUAAUUAUAAAUGAUUUUUAUA